UAUGGCGAGUAGAAAGAAACCCGGCUACGGCCGACGCAUCAGCCAUUGGCUGAGAGACCACGUCGUCUCGCCUUCAAGUGUGUCGUUUACGAAGGUGCAGGUGCUCUCCAAAAAUCACCGCAACUCCCCGCGGUCGGAGUGUCCACUACCUGACCCUGGACCCCGGCCAGCCUUCCCCCUAAUAAAGGCACCUGCUGGACCAACAACUGGGCCCGAAGAGAGGAAGACCCAUUUACGCCCCGGUAUUAAUCACGGUGAUUUCAACUUACCCCACUUGAGUAAACAGGAACUACCGAGUCAAGUGAUAUCGAUCGACGCAAGACCGAACACCGGCAGAGCUGUCAAAGACUGCCAAAGAAACACCCUGCUAGCUCAACAAACGAGCAAGCAGAAACCGUUGUUGAGAUUUAGCAGGCUGAUUCAACCCAGCAAGGAUGCUGGCAAAGCAGAAGUUGCACCCUCUUUAAACUUCCGCUUGCCGAGGUUGGCUCUCCGGAAAGGCAGCCGGCGUACGACAAAGGUUGCUCCUGAACCGACUUUCCCGGAAGUAUGCAUCAGAGCCAACAAUGACCCCAAGUCGUUCGACUUGGACUGGGAUACAAAUCCACGUCGAGACCAAUCUCUCUCUUCAGUUCGGAGCAGAACGUCACGACAGAGAGGUUCUCAUGGAGGAUCCGAGUACACCAUGGAUCCAAGAGAAAAGGCAACUCAAAUGAAAGGAGCCAUGAGCAGGAUUGCAGGGGAGUGGCAACAAAUGGGGGAUGCUACUGAGAGCAUGUCUGAAUAUACAACAUCCCCACCAAACGACCAAGGCAGACUCUGUGACAGUAACGACAAAGUAUAUUUGAGACGUCCCAAAGCUAUCAGCAGAAUUCCAGUGUUAAAGUCCUGGAAGAGAAGAGAGCUUGGACCGAGGACUCUGAAGCACGCCACAGCGCCGAGCAUGAUACCAGUCUUGUGUUCAUCCAAGAAGCAAGAACUCCGAAGCACGACUUCAUUAAGCCAUGCCGACAAACGCUUUGGGAGUUUCCACACGAGACCCUCAUCAGUUGGUGAAAUUAGGAAGGGUAGGCAUCACUCUCUAAAUGAUGAGCACAGCAAAGCUGAUGGAAAGGUGUGGACAGAAAAAUGCCCAAUAUUACCCCGUAUUGGAGUCACCGAGCCAACAACGGUCAAGAUAGCACAAUCAGAACAGAGAAUCACAGUGAACCCUACACUUUGGGGAAGCUCUGCUCACAAAGGCAGAAAGUCCAGUGACAUUAAAGAAAUCAUCGAUAUCACUGGCAACAUCCAGAAGUCAACUGAAUUUACCAAAUGUUUUACCGAAAAGGGCAACGACAGAAUGGUGAGGAAAAAAGGAAGUUAUCUCUCGGUAUACUUAGACCACUGCUUAAAGGAGCGCACUUCAUCCAUUCAUGAUAAGCGCAUAACAAAGCCUUCUCAAGAAGCGAGGGAGAAAGAAGUAGAGACCAGAAUUACGACACCAGCUCAACCUGAAUCAAAUUACAGACUAUCAGGGGAGGACGAACUCUACACUGGGCGGCCCAAACCAAACCUGCAAAUGAGCAAGGAUUCCCUGACUGAGGUAGCUAACGAGAACAGCAGAGGUGAAAGAAGAAGGCAUGUAGGCAGAUCGGAAAGUUCCACCAAUGUGCCAUGGAAAUCUGGAAUUUGUGACCUGUCCAGGGGUGCAUGCUCAUCACUUCAAGAGCAUCAGGAUGCACGAUUGAACUUUUCUGCUUAUUUUUCCAAAUGGAGACCCGAAUCCACACCGGAGUUGAGGAAUAUUGCGAGAUGCACUAAACUUCCUGUGGGGACAUGGAGGAGAAGAAACAGUGAAGGAAACAUCAGCAUUUUACGUCGAAUUGCGGCGGCAAGAGCUACUUGGCUGAGGAUUGACAUCAGCGAGAUGGAGAAAUGGAAUAAGUUAGGUAGUGUAGGCGAGAAACAACAAAGAGCUGGCUCUAGUAGCGAUGACGUCCGACUAGCGCAAGCAAAGGCAAAGUUCGAGGAAUUCUGCAGAACUGAUUUUGAUCGGUACAAUCGUAGAAAUACGCGCCAGAAACGAUCGACAGUGAUCUCAAGAAAAGUCCACAGAGUCGCAUGUGAGCCUCGCCUGGCAACGUUACUUGAAGAAGAUGAAACCAAACAGACCGCGGCGAAAAGUCAUUCCGACAAGUUGCUUGUUUUAAAUGCUGAUUGUACCGACAAGAAGGGUGACGCUGCAUCAAAUACGCAUACUUUAACAAAAGGAAGUACCCAUCAAAAAAGAAAUGGAAACGGUGCACUGCAAACAUCGAAAGAGGUCAUUCCAUCAACUGUCAAAGCGGAGAAAGAAGUUCUCAUAUCUUUUGUGGAAAGUACUGAAAGUGAGAUAUUGUCCGAACUGAAAGACAAAUACAAACAAAAAUAUGGCUAUACAGACUUAAUGUUACAGACUGGAAGCACACGAAUGAAAUGCACCCCCGACACAGAUGAUAAAGACUCGACUGACAAAAAUGAAUCAUCCCUGCAAGUGGUCACAGAAGCUGCAGCGGACGAGGAGGAAGCCCAAAUGGACCAAAUGCAGGAAGAACAGUGGGAGUUGGCAUCUCUAGGAGAGUGGGCCUUCAUCUGUCACGACGACGAAGACGAAGAGGAGGAGGAAACAGAAGAAUACCUCAGGAAAAGUGACUAUCGCAAAGAGGUGAUGAUAGCUGAGAACCUGCCGAGGAUCACCAACCAGUUCCAAAGCGUGGGUGCUAUGCGGGAGCUCCUGAAAAUAUCAGCCCUGAGGUACUGUCCCUAUGCUCCAAUCGAGAAGGCAGUGCGGAUGUUCAGCCGCAUCUGCAGGGGUCCCGUUCCUCUGACCACAUUACACCAAACUAAAGCAGAGGCCGUGUCUUCAUUGUCGACAAAUCUCUAUCAGAAAAUAAAAGAGUUCCUCGCUCAGCAGGACGCACCUUUCGAAUUCAAGAUGAUGAGUCCGAUUUUCCAAGAGCUGGAACUCCUGAGAGCGAGACAGGACCGACUCGAAAAAUAUCUGAGGCCUAGUGACGGCAUCGAUGGGAGUCGAAGUUCACGGGGAAAUCCUACCGACACUGUGGGCCGUUACGAGAGGAAGGCUGGGUCGAAGCGUUUGAUAAACGUGAUGAGCACCAUUUACGAACUUCCUGACGAGGAAGAUGUCGUCACUGAAACUGCCGCACUUGCAGGAUGUCAAAAGUACUGACGAAAGGAAAAACGCAGGUGGCACGACCAAACGUGGGCAGGGAUUUGAGAAACGCAAGAUAACAUGACGUCAAUCGUAGUUGGCAAGGUCACGGCACACUGUUGACCACUGCCAAAUAGGCCUAAAUCAGGCAAAAUUUUAUUAAAUCAAAACUUCGCAAACAAAUUUUAAUGUAGAUUUUGUGCAAUUAAUGCAAUCACUGAAUAUUAAUGUAGCGGUCCGGUUCUUCUGCAGUUGUCAGAAGGGUGGAGAUUCGUCCGCCAAUUAAGGAGGAUAGGAGGCGCAAAACCAGACAAAAACUGGACUCAAGGCGACUGUGCCUUGACUUCCUUUGGUUCAUUCCUAGGUUUCAAUCAGCAAUUAAAUUGUAUAACCAAAAGGGGAAACCCUAAAGGGAGACAGAGGACAUACUAUUGAGUGAUGGUUUACAUGUACGUCACAACAAACAUUACAUUCGGUAUGUCCAUAAUAAAUUCAUACUUAGAAAUGUCUCUGUAUAAUCAUAAGUGCUCUUACCCUGACAUCUAAAAGUUUGUCCAAAUAGGUAUGAACACUAACUAAAGCCGACGGGAAAAGGGCUUAAGUUAUCCACAAGGGGCCUUCUUGCUGUGAUCUUCAGCCCACCAAGGUGCAGGUCUCAAGCGUGGGAAUUGUCACUGAGAAAAGUCCAGAAACUUCUCAAGUCCCGCCAAAAUGUAAUACAAUGUAAACGACUUCCGGCCGAAAGGGCAUGGCUUUGAGAUAACGAAUUAAGUCGGCACACCCGGCCGUCCGCAAGGUUGUUCAUACCCCAGCACAGACCUUUUCACUAAUAAACUUAUAAUUAUGCGCGCAUGCGCACAAACGGACUUGGCGGCAAGA